ACAAGGUCCACGCUGGCACGUAUAAACCGGCCAACAAAUAUCCCCCUUCAGCCUCGUCACCGUGGCCAGCAGCCCGUAACAGCACCUGCAACACCCACUCCAACACCCCGGUGGCCCGGUAUUUCGGCGGAUGGCUCGACAGACCCUAUUCCUCGACCGAGUUCAUCGUCAGCCGACAACAGGGCCCGAUAUCAUCACAACGACUCCCCUUCCACCAUCCACGGUUCCGCCGCCGGAAACUGCGAGGAUGAGCAGGCCACACGUAACCUAGCAGAGUUCAUUGACCAAGAUGAAGUAAGAGUGGGCGAGAUCACUCGAGCCGCCCGCCUCUACUACAUCGGCACUGAGUUCUCCAACCUCAACUACCUAGUUCGCCAACGAGCUCGACAGCCGGACCAGAAUGUCGUGCACUUUGGAAGCCACCCGCUUGCUCGAAAGAUACCUUCAGUGCCGCAGGAAGCACUCCAGUUGCCCCCAAAGGCACUGGCCGAUGAGCUUGUCAGGGCCUACUUCACUCACGUGAAUAGGGGGUUCCCUGUUGUCGAUGAGGAAGAGUUCAUGGCAAGAUAUAAUGGAACAGACGCCUACAGGCAGAUCUCUCUGCCCUUGUUCCACGCCGUCUGUCUUGUUGGUGCACAUGUCCUGUCUUCCCAUCGCGAGGACGUCAAGGCCAUAAAGUUCGACUUUUUCCGGAGAGCAAAGCUGCUGUUCGAUUGUCGCUUUGAGCAGCAUCGCGAGUCCUAUCUUCAGGUUGCCCUUCUCCUAACAUGGCAGUGUGACAAUCUUGAAGACAUCGUCUCCAAUUCUUGGCAUUGGGUAGGUGUCGCUGCCCGAACGGCCAUGGGCCUGGGCAUGCACCGAGAUGCAGCUCCGUCCAGCCUCAACACCAUGGACAAGUCCCAGUGGGUUCGGCUCUGGUGGUCUGUCUUCCAGUUUGAUGUCAUGGUCUCAGCUUCCUAUGGCCGACCACAGGCAAUAAACCUCGACGAGUCCGAUGCGCCCAUGCUGCAUGAGAAGCACUUUGAUGGUAUCCCGUACGCAAACUGCGCAUUCGCGAUUCAACACACCCAGCUCUGCAUAAUCUUCUCCAAGGCCAUGAAGGGGCGAGUGGCAAUCCGAGCCUCGCCAGCUGAUCGAGCUCAAGUGACGAAGCAGGCCGAUGAAGAGUUGGCUCAGUUCAUAACCCAGCUGCCAGAGAGUCUUCGCUUGUCGCUUCCAGAGCCAGAUAUCUGGCAGGCAACCCUUCACCUCUCUUAUAAUAACUUUUUGAUCCUGCUGCAUCGGCCACCGCCUCGCCAAGAUCCAAAGCACUUCUCACCAGACACAGCUACCGAUAUGAGCAUCUGCGGUGACGCCGUUGCAGCUAUCAACUCGAUUUUUGAGUCGCUCCGCUCAAGAGACCUCUUGUGUGAUUUGUGGCUCCCAGCGGUUCAUGUGCUCUUCACGGCCUUGCUGCAUGUGGCCAGUGAACUCAACUCAGCCAAUCCUCUCGUAGCUGCAAAGUCGUUGCGCAUGUUUGAGUGCCUCGUAGUCACUCUGCGAGAGUUAUCGCGUCACUGGCUGUAUGCCGAGAGUCUGUUGCGCUUGUUCGAGGAACGAACCAUGUGGAACAGGCCAAGGGCCAAUCUUGACGGUUCUGCUGAGGCUUCAGUCGCAAGAGGGCUGCAGCGCUCAAACGAAGGUCCUCAAAACGACGGUCUAGAGCGCUUCUCCCUGCGCCCUGAUCCUCUCGCCACUUCCAGUGGCAUCCCCCAGAGCCUACCCCAUGGACAGGCCGGUCCACCAUAUGCUUUCAAUUAUGACUUUGGGGGCGCAAUGGCAGGACAAGGCGCAGGAAACACUUCCAGGGAUAUUGCGCAAGGGGGUAUCCCGUACAGUGACGGUUUCAUCGACAAUGGGAUGGAUAUGGCUGAGAGUGGCCAAGGUUUGGAUCUUCUACCUGUGCCUUCAGCACUGGAGUUUCUUCUUGCGGGUAUGGACGGUGAGUAUGACUUUUGA